GAGUGGGCCAGGGCACAAAUGCGGCGUUGCCUAAGCUGUGGGCAAGUUGACCUUUCGCUUUUUGUGUCUGGCGGCUGCUGGAGCGAAGCUCUUGGUUUCUUGUAAUUUAAUUGUCGACUGCCUGACCUUUUGCGCAUGCGCGAAGCUGUUGUCGCUACUGCCGAAUGCCGGCUGCCAUUUCGUUUGGAAUUGAAUAUCCAAUGGAGCUGGCACUAAUUACAAACGUUUAAGCCUGGUCAAAGUCCUGGCCCAUAAUAAAUUAACAUUUCAAUUGUGUGUUUGGAGCGCGGCAAACGUUCACACAACUGCCGAAAAUCGCAAAAAGUGAAAGGGCAACAGCAACAGCGGCUCUACCCAGGUCCCUUUAGUCGGCUAAGCGGAAGAAUAACCUUUCUAAGCCGCUGCAGCGAAGUUGAACCCAGACACACGAUUCGAUGCAUAGCCAGGUGGCUGCCCAGUCUUACUAAUACAUAUAUACUAACUCGUUGUUGUUGUUGUUGUUGCUGUUGUUGGUGUUAUUGGCUGUUGCGCGCCAUGUGGCAUGAUCAGUGCGGGACUGUUAACUGGUCUCUCUUGGCGCUUAGCGUUGAUCUUCAAUUAGUUUAUUGUUCGCUUGGUCUUUUGCGCCAUGUGAAGCAGGCGACAUUUGCCGCCAGUUUUUACUAUAAAUUGCCAGAACGCCAUCGAAACGUUUGCAGUUGUUGUUUCUUCUUCGUUGUGCUCCCAUCCAAAAGUCGGUUAGCCACAUUCCAAGUGGUGUUCGGUGCUUGGACCAGUUAAAGGAUAGACAAGUGGAGAAACGCGCUAGGACAUCGAAGCGCUGCAAUGCUAAAGAUAUUUCUGCUGAGCGCUGCGCUGGGCAUUGCCUGCGCCGGCGUCAUAGGACCUGGGCCGUACUAUGGCGGCCCAGCCGGACCCUUGCACACCUAUGCGGGCUAUGGUCCACACCACGGGCCACCGCAAUACGCGGCACCAGCACCCAAGCCCGUUGCACCGGAGCCGUACGACGCUGAUCCCAAGUACUCCUUUGGAUACGACAUACAGGAUGGCUAUACGGGCGACUUGAAGAGCCAGCAUGAGACACGCCACGGCGAUGUGGUCAAGGGCAGCUACUCAGUGGUGGAUCCCGACGGCACCAAGCGCACCGUUGACUACACUGCCGAUCCACAUCAUGGCUUCAAUGCGGUGGUGCGUAAGGAGCCGCUGGCUUACAAGCCAGUGGCGCCACCCGCACCUGCACCACAUGCGCUGCUGCCCGGACCCGCACCUGCACCACCUUUGCCGCCAGUGCCCAAGGCCUCGCUGCCGUUGCUCUCGUAUCCCUUCGCUUUGACCGCCUUGCACCGUGCUGGCCCGGGACCCGCUCCAGCACCAGCACCUGCACCGGCUCCUGCUCCCGCUCCUGCACCCGUACCCGUGGCUCCCGCCCACCUGCCCACCGCACACUUCCAAGCCGCCUAUCCAGCGCUAGCCCACUCGCCGUACGCCCACUACCCAGCCGCCCUGCCUGGCCCUGCCGGCGAUCCUCACGCCUACUAUCACCACUGAGUUCGAUAAGCCCUUGGCACUUUGAAGGCGAUCUGGCACCUCAUCUCUCUUUCUCUCU